AUCUGAGAGCCCACCUAUCAUCUGUUGGCGAUAGGUGGCACUGUAGCGCUCUUUCCCACUGAAGGAACCGAUACAGAGGAAGAAAACUUUCCCGGAAGAUGAGAGAAAAGGGAAGUUAUAUUAUAAGUUAAUAGUCAUUUUUGUUUUAUGAUGGAAACCUGUGUCAUGACAAAACCUUUGGAGAAUGCAGAUGUCUUUCUCCCGUUAUCUUCUUUGCGCUUGUUGAUUCCACCGCUGAGGCUGGUCUCUGCGGCCAUGUGGCAAGUAGCGCAACGAAGAGAUGUCUUGGAUUAUGAGAAGUUGGAGGAGUUUGUCACCCUUGUUACAGCUACUGUUCCAGAUCUGCUGAAUGAGAAACAGAGGGCCACGCUCCUUUUGAGGCUUCGGACGAGGGUGAUACUGGAAUUGUGUGCCGCUGACCAGACAGCUGAUAUCCAGAUUGUCCAACCCCACCUGGACAGAAUUCACCCACCUGGACACACAGGGAGUGGAGAUGCUGAGGUGGAUGCAGAGGAGGCCAUUUUUCUGGAGCUCAUCCAGACUUUGCUGAAAGACCCAGCGGAGAGAGAACAUUUCUUCAGGGUGGUGUUUCCGGCUGAAUAUGGGGACACCUAUGACACAGAUAUGCAACUACUGGUGUGGGAGUUCCUCUCUAAACUGGAGAAGCUAUUGCCAGUACCAGACCUCGGACAGACAGUGUCAUGGCUCAGCUCUGCUCCCUCUGUCCUGGAUGAGUGUUUGCAGGCCCUCUCUCAACCAGAGGACUUGAAAUCCCUGCUGCAACACCACAAAUGUCUUGAGAAUUUGGGCACUCAGAGUCACACCAUUGAGAUGUCUUCCCAGGUCUUCGCCUGCUCCCAGUGCCCGUUCUUUCACAUGCAGGAGUCCUACCUCCUCGAGCACAUAGAACGAAAUCACCCGGAGGAGUACUGCAAGCUUCAGAAAGCUGAAGAGAAGCAAGCCCCACCGCGGAAGAAGUUCCCCCGUCCUGAAUUCCCUAAGCCUUUCCCGAUUCACCCCAGUCCAGAACCCGGGGCGCACUCGUGCCACGAGUGCGGAAAGACCUUCACGCGCUCGUCGGACGUGACCAGGCACCAGCGCAUACACACGGGCGAGCGUCCGUACACCUGCAAGGAGUGCGACAAGGGUUUCAAAAACUCCUGGGAUCUGACAAGGCAUGAGCGGAUACACACCGGGGAACGGCCCUACCGCUGCCCACAGUGUGGCAAGGGGUUCACCCAGCUGGGCCUACUGACGCUGCACUUCACGAGGACGCCUUGUGGCCGGGGCGCCGAUUCGCAGUCGGCGGCGCAGCCAGAGGAGCCAAGCGGCGAGGCGAACGGGCAGUACAGGUGCCAGAAAUGUGGGGCUUGCUUUUACACCAUACUGGAGCGACUGAAGCACCGGCAGACACACGCGGUGAAGCGCCAGUACAAGUGCUCCCAGUGCGAGAAGGUCUACGGCCGCCCGUCGGACCUGAGGAGGCACCAGAUGAAGCACACCGGCGAGAGGCCUUUCCCCUGUGCCGAGUGCGGCAAGGGCUUCACUCACGUGUGGCUGCUGAACAAACACCGGCAGGUCCACACCAAGGAGCGGCCGUAUCCCUGUCUGGAGUGUGGCAAAAGCUUCACACAGUUACAGAUACUGAACAGGCACAAGCUGAUUCACAACGGGCAGAGGCCUUUCCAGUGCUCCUUCUGCGAGAAGAGCUUCACUCAGCUGGCCGGCCUGACCAGGCACGAGAGAAUACACACGGGAGAGAGACCGUACCUCUGCGCUGUUUGUCACAAGGCCUUCCUUACGCAUGGGGAGCUGGUCAGACAUCAGCGGAGCCACAGUGAUUUUAGGCCGUACUCCUGCCAUCUGUGUCCGAAGAGCUUCAAAACCAGACGUGCCCAGAGUGAACACCUGAACACCCACACAGGGGAGCGGCCGUUCUCGUGCACGCACUGUGGGAAGACGUUUGCCAAGUCUACUUCAAUCGUAAGACACAACCUGAUGCACACAGGGGAGAGGCCACACCAGUGCGCUCAGUGUGGGAAGACCUUCCUUACCUCUGGCGAGCUACUCCUCCACAGACGGAUACACACCGGGGAGAGACCGUACCCCUGCUCAUCGUGUGAACGGAGAUUUAGGUGUUCGUCAGACCUGACCAUGCAUCUCCGGACACACACCGGAGAGCGCCCGUACUCCUGUUUGCUGUGCAAAAAGUGCUUCUCCACAUCGACGCGGCUCAAAAGGCACUUGCGCACACACAUAGGGAAGAGUGUGUAAUAAAGGACAGAUGCCUUGUAAUUAGCUAUUUGAAAUAUUGUCAUGUACAGUACAUUAAUUUAUUUUUGUCAUGUUUAUGGGCUACAUUUAUGAUGGAAAUUAUUUAGGAUUAAUCCAAUAAAACAGGUGGUAAAAUUAACUCAUGAUUAACUUAAAACAAAUGUCCUAAAUGGAUUUUUUUUUUAAAUGUAUAACCCUAUAAUAACUGGGUCAGACCUUCUCACAGCUUUGUCACUUUUCAGGAUUAGAAGUGUGUGGGCAUGUAAUGACACAUUGUACAUUGAAGACACCGCAUAAACUUUGCUGUGGCGGGUUUGAAUGAAUCCCAGCUAAUAUCAAUGUAUUUUAUUUGGAGAAACAGCCUUGUAACAACCCUCUUACUAGACAAAAAUAAUGGAUGCAACGAUUCCCAAUACCAUAGACGGAGCUAUGGAUGCUGUGACUGAACAUCCCUUAAAAUAUCACCCUGUUUAGAGGGAAUAAAAUGUUUAACAUACCUAGUUCACAACAUUGGAAUAAAAUAAGCUUAUACAUUA